GUGCCGCUGCCGGGGCGGGAUUGCCCUCCCAGCCGGGGCACGGAGGGGCGUUGGGGACGCCCGGGCUGCGUGGGCACGGCCGGGCCACGCGGGUCGUUCCCACCGCGCCUUCUGGCGGAGCGGCCUCGCGGCUCGGAAGGCUGCAGCUGUGCCCGUGCACGGCGGGCCCUGCGGGAACAGCGCGGGGCUGUCUGUUUCCAGCUCCCGGAGUGGUGAUGGCACGGUGAGGGGCAGCCUGGUGGUCCCACACGGAGAGGGGGAGCCCCGGAGCUGUGCCUCCCCCGGCUGUCCCUCCGUGAGCAUCUUCUGGGAGAAGUUUCUUCUCUCUCCGAUUAGCGCCUGUCCCUCAACACUGCUCGUACUGGAGCAGAGGUGAACUGCUGCUGCCCUCACCGGGGGAUGGACGUUUGCUGCGUUCUGAACAGCUUCCGAAGGUGCAGCUUUGGCGCUCACCCUCCGGCAGUGCCGCAGCUGAUCCCGUCCCCAGUGCUGUCCGGCCUUUGAGCCCUGCUGCCUUUUUGCUGUUAGAAGUACUGCCCCCAGCGUGCUCCUUAAACAUCUCAUUCUCCUUGCGGAGUGCCCAGGAAGCCUUAAGUUGUGUAAUACACUGCAAGUAACAUCUGUUUUCAGGCUUUUUGUGUUUCCAUGACUUUCAGUUUUGUCCAAAGUAGCUUGUUUGCCCCUGGCCUCUGCCAUUUUCUCCUCUCCUUCCAUUGCGGUUCUGUUGUUACCUUCACAAAAGGCCUGGAAGAGUUUGUAGGUGCAGAAUUUGUAGGUUUUUUUUUCAGAAGCUUUGCCAAAUUCUGUACUGUGCUGAGAGACGUCACCAUCAUCCCCCUCAUCUUGACUCACUCCUCUGGCUGUGAGUCGUGCUUGGCCUCGUGUUCAAAUGUGUCCUGCGUGUUUUCAGAGCCUUCUGUAGCGCAGUUAAAGCUCACAUCUCUGAGCUGCCUUAUUUUGCUGUUUGUUUCCUGACAUCCACUGAUCUAACUAGGACAACAGUUUCAGUUCUCUCUCCAGCCUCUCUCUGUGCCCCUUUCCCUAAUGCCUGGUGCCCACUCUGUUGCUGUUCUACUUAGGGUUAGCAGUGACAUCAGAAACGUAUAGAAAAACUUUCAAUGUACAGCUUGGCAGGGGGAACUGAGCAGUACAGGACAGGAAGGUGUGAUCCCCACAGAGUACCAGGUGCAGUAGCUGCCCACAGCAUCUCAGUUCAACAUGCAGCAGUGGUAUUAGUGCAGGGGGUGGCUGUUCUGACGGACUUUGUAGAGGUGGUGAUCCGUGCCUAGGUGGGGCACCUGGAGUUUUGCCUAGCACUUCACUCUAUUAACUGAUAAUUUCCUAAAAGUAUUUUCCUAAUUACCUUGUAGCGAUUGCUCAACCCUAGCUCUGCUGACACAUCUUUUACUUUUCCUUCUCAGAAGCACCAAGAGGCUCUGCAGGGCAUAGGUCCACAUGAUACCGAGUAUCAACGGAGUCUCUCCUAGGGAAUUUAAUUUCUCUGGAGAUAACAAGCAGCACAGAACAGGAGUGAAGGGAGGAGAAAGAGCAAAGCUUCCAAUUCAAGCAGGAGUUCUAUGUUUCUGGACUCCCUAUCCAGCAGCCAAAGCACUGUAGGGAGCUUCUACCCAAAAUCAUAGAAGCACAGAAUGGCUGGAUUGUAAGUAACCUUAUAAUUAUCCCAUUUUACAGUGGGUUGGUUGCCCCCCACCAGAUCAGGGGCCAGGGCCCCAUCCAGCCUAUCCUUGGGCACCUCCAGGAAUGGGGUACCCACUGCUUUCUGGAACGCAGUGCCAAGGCCUCACCUCCGAGUAAAGAAUUUCCUCCAAAUAUCUAACCUAAAUCUCUCCUCUUGUUUAAAGCUGUUUUCCCCUGCCUUAUCAAUAUCAAACUAUGUAGUAAGUUGGUCCCCCUCCUGCCUGUAAGCUCCCUGGAAGUACUGGAAGGCCACAAUGAAUUCUCACUUCCCUUCUCCAGGCUGAACAAGCUGCAUUGAGAAAUACUGAUCAGUGUACAGAGUGCUCAAGUGUUGAGGAAUGUCUUUGUAUGUAACAGUUCAACCUGUUUGGGAUAUGCACUCAAUAUGCAGUUUCUAAUUUUGUGAUUGUGCAUUACCUACCUGCAGGAGCCCAGCCACAGGUAUUGCCCAGCACAAGUGCCGCUGUUGGGAUUUUGUAUGGCUCUGAUUUUAAGCUGUAUCAUUGUCGUCUGUUUGCCACAAUGGCAAGAGAGACAAAUGUAUGCUUUGGGGUAAGAGAAGACAGGGCUUGGUAAUGGUGCGUGCAGCCACUCAGUACAGCCUGGCUAGGAUUUGGGAAGCUCUUAUCUCCUAAGCUGAUGUUCUGACCUUCUGUGUGCAUGCUUAGGUCCAUGAGGCUAUGCAUGAAGUAUCCAUCACAGUGUCCUUGCUCACGUGUUUUGGCAAGGUGUUCUGUUUUGCAUUAACAAUUGAUGAUGUGCUCCAGUUUCCAGAUGAUUUUCAUUUGCUUGCCAUCUGGCCCAACACAAGCUCCCCUUCCUUCUUCCCCAGCCCACUCCUGCCUCAUGAACCCUGCCAGCCUUCACUGAGCUGUGUCCUGCUGAAGGGCAGGUGACAGCACUGUGACAGCCAGUGUCCAGCUGGAGAGAGGAAACGUGGUCUGAAUGGCUUGUGUGGUAUGCGCAGAGCUCCUGUGGCAAAUGCUGCCACGUGUGGGAUGUCAGUGGUUGCUUAAGUAGCCUUUUUUCCCAGCAGUUCUGGUUCUGGAGGGCUUGAUGAUAAGUGUAUUUAUUGUCAUGAUUUUUGGAUGUCAAGUCACAAAGGAAAUGAAGCCUUUUUUAAAAGAGAAGAUUCCGCUUCCUCUUGGGAUCCAGAUGGUGUUUGGAGAUGGGAGUACGUAAGAGGAGAUCUCAUGUUUCCCACUGUGUGCAGCUCAGCGGGGGCUCCUUAGGAUCUGCAGAAUGAUCAGCAUGUCCUAACAAGGGGCUGCAGCAGUCAGCCUGCGUCUGGUGGCAGAAGACUCUUCUCUGCAACACCAAGCCUCGCUUUGCCCUGCUUGUCUGUUCUGUCGGGGUUGGUGGGGCUGGCUCAGCAGUUUGCCUCAGUCCCUGCAUUGGCACCAUCUCCAAGGCCUUGCUCAAUGGGGUAUUGUUCCUCCCAUCCAGGAAUGUGCAGGCAAGCAAGGACCUCUGGCAACUCACAGUGCAAUGUGUUCUGCACAAUGCUGGGGGAGUGGCUGUGGCUGACAGGGACCUGCGUGUGCAGUCCGGUUGUGCUCGUGUGAGCUAUGUCCUGUCCAUGGGGCACACCUCAGAUCUCUUGCAGAAGCCAGACUGGCAGCUGGGGAGUGUACAGAGCAGGCAGAGGGGCAUCUCUGUUUCUGGGGGUAAAUUCCAUCUUCCAUGGACAGGCUGGCAUUGGGUUGGAGGAAGCAUUGGAUGAGCAGGAAGGGGUGUGGAAUAGCAUAGGUAAAAUGCAUGGCAGUUUUCAACUAUCUUAAAAAAAAAAAAAAAAAAAAAAAAAGAUCAGCAAUGGUAUUUGUUAAUAUUCUUUAAUUGCUCUGUGACAAAACUUGGCUUACAUUUUUUGGAAUGAGAAUCCUACUUGCUUUAGUGCUAGGCAAGCUCUCAGUUUUUAAAAGACUGAGACAUCUGCUGCACAAGAACAUACUUGUCGCUUGUGCAAACCACCUGUGCAUGUGGAAGCCUGCACUGCAUUUCUUUUGUUUGGUGAUAUGUUCAUUUCUUGGUUACUGCACUGGUGAGUUGUGCUGUAGGCGCUGCCUGUACCCAGCCCUGACAGCACUGUGUCCGAGAAGCUGAGAAGUAUUAUGUAGAGAACAAGUGGGCAUAGUGUCUGAGAAGUUGGGCUCUCUUGCUUUUUUAUUGCUUUUAUCUCAUCACCUGGUCAGCAAUUUGGGAAUACCGCUGGAUUAGCUGUCUCCAAGCUGAUGCUCUCUUCUUUUGCUGUAAUACUGUUGGUAAUCAACCUACAGUGGUCAAUCAUGUUGCUGUCUUACCUUCUAAGAGCCUGAAAUCCUUCCUUCAGAAUCUUUCAGCAAAAACAGGGAAGAAAGAACUCCUGUUUCUAAGGUACGGAAAUUCAUCAGAAAUCAAUAUACUUAUCCUUGCCACUGAAGAGUCAAAAAGUGCAUCUGUAUCACCAUCUUCAGUAGAGUUGCUUCCAUCUAUGUGCUGGUACAUUGAGCAAGCGCCCAACAAUAAUCACUGUUUUCUUGGUGGGCCCUUUAUUUGAGGAUUCCUACCCUGUCCAACCACAAGGAAGAGGGAGAGGAGAAGUUGUCUGAGUCAGUGUGUAAAUGCCUCCUCUUGGCUGCGUGGCAUGAUCCCGUCUGCUCUGAAGGUCUCACAGCAAUCUUGUAACUGAGCUAAUGGCUCUCUUUCAUUCUAGUAUGUCCUUUCAUCAGCCCACUCUGGACCAGACAUACUCCAGAGCUAAUGGUGGGAAGGGCUGGGCUGUCUUCCACGAAGGUGAUGUGUGCUGAGGCUGCAUGCGGGAGGCUGGGAGCGGUGAUUAAUGCCCUGGGAAUUCGCCUUGCCUCGUUACACAGCACUGUAGUGUCAGGGCGCCAAGAACAUGUUACCUACUGUGCUCAGGAUAAGGCAGCGAGACAGAGACAGUGUGUUCUUAGUGGGGUGAGCUUGCUGCCGCGCUGCAGCUUCAUACUUGCACGGUGAGGCUGUCUUUGGAUGUGGGUCUGCUGCUAGGCGGAGGCAGCAAUCCUGUCCUGCUGCAGCUCUGCUGCAGUCUGCACCCCUGACCUCUGCCAGGAUGCAGCCCCAGCAUUUGCUUGGUUUGGAGGGCAAUCCCUCCCUGUGGCAGGGGGAUUGACCAUCUGGAGGUGAGAGGGGAUGGCUCCCAGCCAGCAGUCAGACUGUGACUCACUGGGAUCUCAGGCGGAGUCUGUCUCUCCUUGCACUCUGCUCUUCCUGUGGGAGCCUCUGCCCAAACUGCUGCUGGAUGUUUGUUCUCACCAGGCCGCCCUGGACUGGAGCUGGGAGAAGCUCAUGUCCACCAUUGAAGCUGAGGAGCUGGGCUGUGCAGGUUACCAGUCUGGAAGAUUCUGGGAGGCUUCCUUCUCUAGCUGUAGGUCCCAAUCUGCCUGCAGACCCCACACGAUGGAGACUGGCUCUGUGGUACGAGCAGUCUUUGAUUUCUGUCCCAGUGUUUCUGAGGAGCUGCCCCUCUUUGUGGGAGAUGUCAUCGAGGUGCUGGAUGUGGUGGAUGAGUUCUGGCUGCUUGGCAAAAAGGAAGGCGUCACAGGGCAGUUUCCUAGCAGCUUUGUGGAAUCAGUGGAUAUUCCCCUUCUGAAGCAGGGAGAGAAGCUGUUUGUUUGUACCAGUGACUUCACAUCUCAAGAGCCAGGGAGCUUGUCAUUGCAGAGAGGAGACCUGGUGAUCCUGGGUGGUUCUUUGGCCUCCAGCUGGCUCCAGGGCCGAAACAGCUGGGGUUCCAAGGGCUUUUUCCCUUCAUCAUGUGUGCGGGAGUUGUGCCUUUCAGUUCGGAGCCGUCAGUUGUCCCACAGCUCUCUCCUGGAGGUGCCUGCCUACUCACUGGGCCAAGCCCGGGCCUUGAUGGGCCUUUCUGCUCAGCUGGAGGAGGAGCUGGACUUCAGAGAAGGGGAUGUGAUCAACAUCAUUGGCAUACCAGAGCCUGGUUGGUUUGAGGGGGAGCUCCGAGGCCACAAAGGCAUUUUCCCAGAAGGUUUUGUGGAGCUGCUUACUCCUCUGAGAGCAGCAGGAACCUCAGAGGAUCAAGAGCCUGCAGGGACUUGUGACACCAAUGGGACAGUGCCCACCAAGCAGGAGGAAGAUGGCAGAGAGGACAAAGGACAGGAGCCAGGGAGCACCUAUGGUGUUGCCCUGUACCAGUUCCAAGCCUUGGAGUCUGAGGAACUGGAUUUUGAAGUGGGUGACAGGAUUCGGAUUGUGGGCAUUCUGGAGGAUGGCUGGCUAGAGGGGGAACUGAGGGGGAAACGUGGUAUCUUCCCACACAGAUUUGUGAGACUAGAAGCCUCUGACUCUUGCAGGGAAAAGGUGAGUGCUGGUGAUUCCCAGGCUGGAGGCAGCUGUGAAGUGACUGUCCAUCAAGACUUGGAGAGCACCUGCUCCGAAGUUCUCCCUUUGCCAGAGAAAGACAGCUGGGACAAGAAGGAUGGUUUGGUUGCACACCCUGAGCCUGACGCUGUUGUAUCCCACAUAGCAGGGAGAUCUGAGGCUCCUUUGGGCACUAAUUUAAGGCAGUGUCAGGCCUUUCCUGACACAGGACUCCAAGAACUACAUCCCAAAACCACAGCAGAUUCCCUCCCCUUUGAAUGCACAAAGACGGUCAAUGGCCUUCUCCCUUCUACUCAGCUGUCUCCACAGCAGAGCAGCAAGCUUGGCCAAGCAGGUGUAUUGGAGCCUCCAGCCCUGCAUGAGCAUGAUGGAAGUGGACCCACCAUGCCCCCACAGGCUCCCUGUUCCCCACCAGACAUUUGCAGAAGCCAGGCCAUUUCUCCUCCUAACAGCUGGGCAGAAUCAGAGCCCCAGGAGAACCAGAGCAGCAUUCAGGACCUGGAUGGUUGGGUGGACAACCAGCAAAAGUCCAAACCUUGUUCUUCCAGCUGGGGAGGUGUCCACACAGGACUGGACGCAUGGGCUGGGAGCUGGGGGGAAUGCUCCUCACUGGCAACACAGGGGCACGGUGGCACAGACCUUGACUCCAAACUGACAGAGCAACUGGUGCAGUUUGAGAAGAGUCUUUCAAGUACCAGUGCCGAGCAGGACAAGGUCUCCCGCCACUUCUCUAUCUUGGACUAUAGCUCUGAGAAGGACAUUGUUCGUGGGUCUCCUGAGUGUGUCCCCCAUGCCAAGCUUCCAGAAAGGAGGAAGGCCCUGAGACCACCUCCUCCUCGACCCAGCACCCUUGCAACAACUCCUGUGCCCAAAGGCCGAUCUCUGUCAUUCUCAGUGAAGCCCUCCCGGCCCGCUCCCCGGCCUCCAUCAAGCACUCAGAGGAGGAGUAUGGUCCCUCCGCAACUGCAGCCCAAUGUAGCAGAGCAGCAUACGGAUGAAAGCCAUGAGGAUGCAACACGGACAGGAUCGACUUCCCCCUGCUCCAUCCUGCUGAUGAGGAUUGGAGAGGUGGAGCGAGACCUGGAGGCUUGCAGGAAGACCCGCACUGAGCUCAGCUUGCUGCUAGAGGAGCAGCAGGAUGAGCUGGUGAGAGCAGAGACCCUGGAGAACCUUGAUUUCUGUGACUCCAACAUCGAGAGCCUCAGCGUGGAGCUGCAGGAGCUGAGAGAGAUGACCCUCCUGUCCUCUCAGACACCACCCCUGGAGACAUCCUCAUCUGUCACUGAGAGCCCAGAGCACAGGAUGUUGGAGAAGAGAUCCAAGGUUAUUGAGGAACUGCUCCAGACAGAGAGGGACUACAUCCGAGACCUGGAGAUGUGUGUAGAAAGGAUCAUGGUGCCCCUUCAGCAGGCACAGGUUCUGAAUGUAGACUUUGAGGGUCUUUUUGGAAACAUCCAAGUGGUAAUUAGCUUCUCUAAGCAACUGCUGUCGACCUUGGAGGCUUCAGAUUCCAUUGGGCCGGUGUUCCUGGCACAGCGUGCAGAGCUGGAGAGCGUUUACAGGGUGUAUUGCCAGAACCACGACGAGGCCAUUGCACUGCUGGAAACAUAUGAGAAGGAUGAGAAGAUCCAGAAGCUACUCGUGGACCUGCUGGAUAACCUCAGGAGUCUGUACAGUGAGUGGGGCUGCACAAACUACAUUAAUCUGGGCUCAUUCCUCAUCAAGCCAGUACAGAGGGUGAUGCGGUACCCCCUGCUGCUGAUGGAACUGCUGAGUGCCACCCCUGAAUCUCACCCUGACAAGGCACCACUCACAGCUGCUGUUCUUGCAGUCAAAGAAAUUAAUGUCAACAUCAAUGAGUACAAGCGCCGGAAGGACCUUGUGCUUAAGUACCGGAAAGGGGAUGAGGAUAGCCUCAUGGAGAAGAUCUCCAAGCUCAACUUCCACUCUAUCAUCAAGAAAUCCAACCGUGUGAGCAGCCACCUCAAACAUCUCACAGGCUUUGCACCCCAGCUGAAGGAUGAAGCCUUUGAGGAAACAGAGAAAAAUUUCCGGAUGCAGGAGCGACUGAUCAAGUCCUUCAUCAGGGACCUUUCGCUCUACCUGCAGCAUGUUCGGGAGUCGGCCUGCAUGAAGGCACUAGCAGCAGUCAGCAUGUGGGACCUGUGCAUGGAGAAGGGCAGCGGGGACCUGGACCAGUUCCAGAAAGUGAACCGACUCAUCAGUGACCAGCUGUUCUCCAACUUUAAAGAGCGGACAGAGCGGCUGGUGAUUUCACCCCUGAACCAGCUGCUGAGCAUGUUUGUAGGGCCCCACAAGCUGGUGCAGAAACGCUUUGACAAGCUCCUUGACUUCCACAACUGCACGGAGCGAGCAGAGAAGCUGAAGGACAAGCGAACACUGGAGGAGCUGCAGUCAGCCCGCAACAACUAUGAGGCCCUCAAUGCCCAGCUGCUGGACGAGUUGCCCAAGUUCUUGUGCUUUGCCAAGGAGCUGUUUGCCAGCUGUGUGCGGGGCUAUGCUGAGGCGCACUGUGACUUCGUGCGCCUGGCCCUGGAGGAGCUGAGACCUCUGCUGUCGUUGCUGAAGACAUCUGGCCGGGAGGGGAACCUCAUUGCCAUCUUCCAGGAAGAGCACAGUCGAGUCCUUCAGCAGCUCCAGGCCUUCACCUUCUUUCCAGAGUCACAGGCAGUUCCCAGGAAGCCUUUUGAGAGAAAGACCGUGGAGCGUCAGUCUGCCCGGCGGCAGCCACUGGGUGCUUUGCCCAGCUACGUCUUGCAGUCAGAUGACAUCCGAGCAGCCCUCCUGGCCCGCUAUCCCCCUGAUAGUCUCUUCCAGGCAGAUCGCAAUUUCAAUGCUGCCCAAGACCUGGAUGUCUCACUGCUGGAGGGAGACAUUGUGGGAGUCAUCAAGAAGAAGGACCCCAUGGGCAGCCAGAAUCGCUGGCUCAUAGACAAUGGGGUGACCAAAGGUUUUGUGUACAGCUCCUUUCUGAAGCCCUACAACCCGCGCCGCAGCCAGUCGGAUGUCUCAGUAGGCAGUCACUCUUCCAAUGAGUCUGAGCAUAGCAGCUCUUCUCCCCAGAGCGUCACCACACUGACCUUCAGCCCCAGCAGGGCGGCCGUGGCCUUCGCUCAUAAACCCUCCCAGGACUCUGCUUCACUGGGAGAGCUGUGCCACUCUCCACAGUCCCCCUCGGAGAUGGACUCUCCAAGCUCUGGUGACAGGACAGUCCCACUGGAGGCCGGAGUGGUGACAUCUCCACACCGCUACAGCCGACCUGAGCCAGGCUACAGCCCCAGCCCUCGCAAUGGGCACCCCACCAAAGCACAUCUUAGGUCUGCAUCCUUGGUGGAGGACAGGGACUCUGGGCUCGAGAGCAGCGAGUCAGAAGGCAACCAGGUCUAUUACGCUCUCUACACCUUCAAAGGCCGAAACACGAAUGAGCUGAGUGUGUCAGCUAACCAGAGACUCAGGAUCCUGCAGUUUGAAGACAUCACUGGCAAUCAGGAGUGGUGGCUGGCCGAGGCACACGGCAAGCAGGGCUACGUGCCCUCCAGCUACAUCCGGAAAACGGAAUACACGUGAGGUUGGGGGGGCAGGAGGCCCCACUCUGUGCCUUGUGCCUACCAGGACUGCCGGGGGCCCAUUGCCUCCACUGCUUGCCCCAAGGGGAUGAGGCUGUGUAUGAGGAAAGAAGAAAAGUGGGCUGGCAGAGCAGGCACUUUGCUUAAGGGCAGGGGCCAGCUGCUGUCACCCUGUGCUGUUUCAUCCUCCAGCUAGGAGCAGAGUGGGGCUGUGAUCCAAGGGGGAAUGGCUAGACCAAUGCUGAGGAGCUACUGUGGAUUUAAAUUGUGGAGGACUGUUGCUGAGGCCAUCCUUAGCCACACAGUGUUAAAAGCAGCCUAGAGCCUUGUGAACAUGUUGUCUGUGCCUUAGCAGCAGCAGGUCCUGCCUUGUUUGUGCAGGACCCCAGAUUGGGGAUAUCUGUUCUGGCCAGAGGAAGCUGCUCUGAGGAUUGCUGUGAGUGGUUCAGCUCCACAGUGAACCCAGCCUCCAGGAGCACCCAUGGAGUACUGUGUCCAUGUGCUUGGUCUCCUGGAGCUGAGCUGGGGUGCCUCUAAGCUCUAUUGCUAGCAGCAGCCAUUAGGCACUUCCCUCCUGGACCAGCUUAGGUUCUGAACACCAUCUUGCCAUGUCUCCAUACUGUGUCCAGGACCCCGUCUUGGCUCCUCUGGAGCAAGACAAAAGGCAAAGCACUGGCUGUCCUGCAGCCUCAUUUCUGCGGGCUCUGACCAGGAGUGCCUUACCUGUGCAUGCUGCAGAGCACUGGAGAUGGUGCUUAUGUUCUGGGAGGGAUGCUGUGCCCUUUGCAGGGGUGGUCUUAUGUGGUCUUAUGUGCUGCUGCCAUGACCUGAAGGAAGGAAGCUCCUUUCUCCUUUGGGCAGUGUUUGUAUCCCCUGUACUGCUGCUCCAUAAAUAAAGGUUUGCCCUUGUACAUAGGAA